UUCAUUGUUCACAUAUAUUUCGUGUAUCUAUGAAAUUUUUUUCUGAAUCUGUUGAGUGUAUCUGCAAGAUUUAUGUUUAUUUCCUCUCGUAUUCCUCUUUUUUUCGCAGAGAGUGCCAAACAUUACAAAUCAAUUAAAGAGAGAAUGUGAGAGUGACAUAUAGAGAGCGAACGAGAGAAAGAGAGUGAAUUUAUUUCUUUUACUUACCAUGCAAUGCACUCCGUUCUCUCGGUUUUUUUUUUUUUUUUUCUCAUAUUCAUUAACUGGAUUUGUUGUUGAUGUCUGUCGUUUUUUGCCAUCGUACGCCGACAUUGAAAUAUUUCUUGCGUUUUUAUUUUUUUAUAAAUUUUGUUUGUGUUUUGUUUUUCUUUUUUGCACAAAAUUCGUGACUUUGCAAAAUAUGAAAGCAACAACAGUAAAUAUCGUUACAUGAAUGUACUUUUAUUAAAUAUUCUGGACAUCAAUUUUCUUUUUUCUUUGUUUUUUUUUUUUUCGAAGAUGCUCUCAAAAGAAAAAGUGAAAUAUAACAAAAAAAAAAAAUUAAUAAAAAUAUGUGCAAACCCAAAAAUGUUAUCAUGACUAGUAAUAGUUGGCAUAAAAAUAUAGUAACGCUAGCGUUUAUUGAACUAAAUGUUUAUGCUUAGUGAAUAUUUUAUUGAAACUGCAUUUUGUAAGUUUGUAAAAACGUUACGCAAAUGUUUUCCUCUCAAUUAUACUCAUUGGAUAUUCCGUCUCAGAUGUAUAAUUAUUUCAUUAUUGCCGAAAUAUUAUUUCAAGCUGUUCACAUGUAAAGGGGGAUGGGACCCAAAAGACGUGUUUCCGUUGCUGAGCGGCAGCACCGUGCGCACGCAACACCCAAUUUAGCACCAAAGAAACGUCCCGCAACUACAAUUUCCAGUCAAUCUCCAGCAACGAGGAAGCUUUCCUUAGUUGCAGAUUCUUCAACAGCGUUGAGAAAAGCUCCAUCGAAACAAUUAACAUCGCCGCUAAAGAAAUCAUUGAAAUCGACUAGCAAAGAAAGAAAAUCGGAAUCGGAUAAACCGUUCGAAAACCUAAACGAAAGCAAGAGUGAAAAAGUAAAAAACGAAGAGAAGAAAACAACAAGAGCUUCGUCUAGAGAUAAUGCGAAACGAAAUUCCCAAGAAUCAGUGAGUGAUAAGAAAGCACAAAAGAAAGAAGAUUCACCCUCCUCUGAUGUAUCCUACAGUUCUCUUGCUAGCAAUUCUAGCUUAAGUAAUGGUUCUGAGAGCGUUACAAAACCGGAAACAAGACUUCACGAUAAGAAAGAUGAGAAGACAAAGGCAAUUAGUAAAAUGUUAAAGAGUCUUGAUAUUAAAAUAAGUGGUUUUGAUAAUAUAUUACCGAAAAACGAAAGCAUCACCGAACUUGGUUUGAAAUCUUCUAUAUCGGAGAAUGUCAAAACCAAGUCAAGAGCGGCUGCUGUCAAGGUGAUUGCUAGCAUGAAUCCUCCAAAACCUAUUAAACGAACAAAAAGUGACGAGGAGAAGAAGCGAGCACAAAAACAACCAGAGAAACAUUCUCAGCAACAUAAAGAGAAAGAAUAUCAAGAGAAGACUCAAUAUAAACGAAUAGGAGAAAAGAAUCCGAGUGAUGUGAAGCAAAAAGAAGAAGAAAGCAAGAUGCCGAUAGUUGAAACAAAGAAGAAAUUGGCAGCAAAAAAGGCCAAAUUGGAAAAUACUCAAAAAUCUAAAAAAAUACAAGCGACACUUAAAGGAGUUAAAAAAGAUAAUACCUGCAAAGAAGCUGCAUUAGAGAAGAACGAUGACAACCAAAACGGAGAAGAAAAUUUUGGAAUUGAAAAACUUAAUAUUGUAACUGAUAAGCAAAAUAAAAAGCUGUCGACUGAAGUCGACUCAGAGGAAUUCCAUCGUCACGUAUCGGAUCAGCUUAUGGAUGAAAAUAGUGACAAUGAUACUCCCUCUAAAAAGUUGAAAAGUCCGAAAUUAAAAUCGAUUCCAAAGACAGAACCUAUCAGAGAAGAAGCUAACAGCUCGGAGCAAACUAAAGAUGUAUCAUUUCCUAAACAUGAGGAGCAAGUGCACAAAGAAGAGAAAACACUUGAUUUUUUCAAUAAAAGUCCUAAAGCGGAGGGCGGUCUUCAAGUUCAUAAAAGAAUUCUAUCCCCAAAAAUAAUUAAAAUGGAAGAUAAAUCAAAUUUAAUGACUGAAGAGAAAGAAGAAAUAUUAAGUGUAAUAUUGGAUGCGAAUACUGAAGUUGUGCAAAUGGAAAUUGAAGAAAUUACCGUAACCGGAUUGGGAAAAAGCGAUUUAAAGCACAGGGCAUUAGCUCAAAGAGAAUUAAAAAAUAAUGAUGUAUCAAAAAUGGAUAAUAAAGGUAAACUGAAAGGAACGGAAGUAAAAGCUAAAGAAACGCUUAAAAGUUUGUUUGUCCCCCCGAAAGAAAAGAAAGUCUCAGAUAUUAAUCAUCGAUUACAAACUAAAUUUAAAGUUAAUCCUAUUAAGCCAAAGAUCAGCAAACCGAUGAAGAAGACCAAUCCAGCAUCGCGCCUUUUAACUCUGAGUGCCAAAAUAGAACAGAAGAAAAUGGAGAAUAAAGAUGAUAUUUAUGACUUUAAGUCUGGCUCUGAAGAUGAGGGAUUUAUUAAAAUGGAACUGCCAACAUUAAAAAACUUGAGAGAAUUUUCAGAUGAAGAUAAUCAGCCCUUAAAAACUACUCCGAAACGAGAAAUUCCUAAAUUCAGUGGAUUCCGAGAAAAAUUCAAAAAAGAAUCACAACUAAAAGCAACAGCUAUGACUACGUCAGUAAAACAUCAAGAACAAGAACAGGAGAGCUGUGAUGUUGAAGAGACUCGGAAAAAAGAAAGAGAGACGAUAGUAGAAAGUCCUGGGUGUCUUAAUGAUAAGGAAGCCAUAAAGAUAACACCCGCUAAGUCCAAGAAAGUUUUAAAAACAAAAGCUCAAAAUAACAAAGCUGCUAAAAAGCCGGCAUUAAAGCAGAAGGAGAAGGUAUCAAAAGUUUUAAAAGGUAAAUUAACAAAAAAAGAGGAGAAAAGUAAAGAUAAAAACAAUAGCGGAGACAGCGAAGCAUCUUCGUCACCAGAGAGUAGUAGUGAUUCCGAAGAUGAACAAAAGUUGAUUGUUUUCGGUCAGAAAAAACAACGAAUGGCUUCGCUCAAUGCCUUAGCUAAAGUGCAAUGCCUAUAUGAAAAUGAGUCUAGAACGGCCUACGAAUUAGGUUUAUCGAAAGCAACCUUGAUGCCUCCAAAAAUACGAACAUUAGAUGGCAGUGAAGACGAAAGGGAUAAAGAGAAAGACAAAAGUAAGGAAAAGGAUGUCGAUAAGGAGAAGUCUAAAACAAAGGAAAGAGAUAAAGUAGAAAAAGACACUGCAAAGUUUAAAGAGAAGGACACUACUAAGCUGAUCGAUGAUAAAUCCAAGGCAAAAAAAGAUAAAAAGAACGAAGAUCCUCUAAAAAUCGCAGACACAAUUAAAGAAGAUAGCGAAGAAGAGCCUGUGGAAGAGCCGAAACGUGAAUUACGUAAUGUUUCUGGAGGCCGGGGGCUAGGAAAGCAUUGGGAAUUCGACAGCGAUAGCGAGCAUGACGAAAUCGAGCGCAUGAAAUUGAAAAAGAAAAAACUUCAGAAGAGGCUUCAGGCUAAGAAGGAAAGGGAACUAGAAAAAGAGAGAAUUAAAGAACGUAAAGAAGAAGAAAGUAAAGCUAAAAACGAGAAUACUGUCGAACAUAACAAAGAUAAGGAACCUAUCAAAGUGAAACGGAAAUACACAAAAAUGAAAAAGUCCCUCAAAAAAGGGGCGAAAUUAGCUGUAGCAACCUCUGAAGACGAAAGUAACGUAGAGUCUAGCGAUAAGGAAGUGGUAAGUGAAAAAGAAGAUGAGAGAGAAAAAGAGAAAAGUAAAGUGUCAAAAAGUAAAUCGGAUGCGAAGAAUCUCCCUAAAAAACGUAAAAGAAUUCUUAAGGAGGAUCUGAUAGGCGAUUAUAAAGGCAUUCUAGCACGUAAACGCAUGGCCAGUUUAAAUGCCAGUGCUAUUGUGGCGGCAACGUAUGAAGUGGAAAGACAUCUGGACAAAAAUUUAGGCAGUGAAUGCAGCAGCUAUGAGAGUUACGAAGAUGAAAGGAAAAAUACAAGCAAAAAAUCGAAAGAAAUCGGAAAGAGCGCUGAAAAAGAGAUUAAGAAAACUUUUGCAAAUUCGGCCGUCACAGAUAUGGAUGGCAAGGUACCCCUUACUGUAACCAAUACUCCUAAAACCCCUACAAAAAUAGAAAAAUCUCUAAAUAUUUGCGAAGAGAGUAAUGAUUCCAAAUAUUCCAAAGAAACCAAAGAGACUAAUACGGACGCAACUACAACUACAUCGACUAACACUGGAAGUUGUAAUACUAGUAUUGCCACAAGCAAGGACUCUAAAGAAUCAAGCCGGCCCACUUCGUCAAGUGUAGUUAUUGUUCAGGAUACGGAUGUUACUAUAACCGGCGUGUAUGUUAAUUCCGCUGUUGGUUCGGGACAAGAAGCUUAUUGCAAAAUGCAGUAUCGCGUUCAGUCAAGUGUUACCGAAGAGCGAUUAUUGCGUCCAGGUUCGGAGGAUCCUCCUCCGAAAUCUUAUACUCCAUUAAGUGCGUUAUCCAGCAUGCUGCCUCCAGGUGCUGCCGCAGGAGUAAGCAGUGUUGCUAAUGAAAGUCAUGUUAUUGCGACACCUCCUCCAUCAUCGAGUAGCACUUCACAACCCUCCGCGGGGAACUCGGUGGCUGAGUCAAUCAAUCCGGUGGCUGCUUUAUAUCAUUCAACUGAUUUAGGAAUACAUACAGAACAUGGACCAACGGAUCAUCACGGCCCUCCGCCACCUUCUUAUGCAGCGGCAGCCGCUGCAGCAGCUGCUGCCUACCAUGCACAUCACAUGUCACCGCAUGCUGGCGGCCAUCACCAGCAUCCUUAUGCGCAUGCACAUGGACAUCAUCAGUAUCAACCGACCGCUGGUAGCGAACAUCACAGUAUGCCACCACCACAUCAUUAUGCUAGUGGUGGCCCUCCACCUCACUUUGGGCCUCCACCUCCCCCAAUGCCCGGUUCCCCUCCGCCAACAUAUCGUGCUAGUAAUGUUUACGCUGCAACGCCGGCAAUCGCUACUUCAGGUUUACACCCGCCUCCUGGAGUAGGAGGUCCUAGCGCCUUUUGUCCACCAAAUGCACAUGUUCAGCAACAAACAACCGCAACUGCAUCAGCGCAAAUGACAUCACAGCAGCAACAACUACAUCCAGGUAGUCAGCCCUCUUCAAGUGACACAAGUGGUUAUUACCAACCAACCGGUCCCCUGAUCUCACCGCACGUUUUAGCACCAGUAACUGCAGGUCAUCCACUUCCACCACCAAAUGUGCCAUUAUUGCCAACAGCAGGGACCACUAAGGGCAAAUGUUCAGCAUCAAUUACACCACCUACAGAUCCCGAACAUUCACAACAAACAGAAACACAAAGUGCAACAGUAUCGGCGGAGAAUACGGGCGGUGAAGGCGAUUUGCUUAUAACGGGUGGCGAUUUGACGCCUUUCCGUUAUCCGUCUCAGAGUUCAACAACGGCAGCACAUCAACAACAACAAUUUCAUCAUCAAGCUGCUGCCGCUGCUGCUGCAGCUGCGGCCGCGGCAGCCGCUGCCGCUCAUCCAAAUUCACCAUAUCCGCGUUCAAUGCAUGCCCAGAUGCACUAUUCGACGGCGUAUCCUGCCAACUAUUAUUCGCCGUAUCCCGGUGAACCAAUAUGCUAUUCGCCGCCCGCCUAUCAAUCCUAUUUUCCAACCAAAGUUUAUCAGAGUGCUCCACCGCCACCGCCACCGUCGGCUUAUAGGCGUUAUCCAUAUUAUCAACCGGGGCAUCCACCACCCCCUGCAGAUUUAUAUGAUCAGGCACCACCACCACCACCAACGGCCGGCGUAGCCCAACAAUCUGGUCCGCCUCCUAACCAAACCGGUCCACCUACGCAACCGCCAGCAGGGUCACAAUUGGUACCGGCUGGUUCAGCAGCGCACAGUCAACAUUUAGAACAUUAUCCUGGGCCGCCAAGUUACUAUUCCGGUUACAGUCCAGGAAGCGCUGCAGCCGGUCAGUGUUAUACACGCAGCAUUCAGGCACCUUAUAUGGAAUAUCCACCUCAAUGUCCAUGUCCAAUGCAACAAUCGUGUCCAAAAAACGUCCAUACUGGGCCUCAUAUUGGUAGCAACAGCAAUGGCAGCAACAACAGCAGUACUUCAGUCAGCAACGGUACCAACAGCGUAACGAUCAAUCACAACAAUCAGAAUAUGAUCGCGACCAUUCAGCACAACAGCAACAGCCAUAGUCACACUAACAGCAACAGCACUCAAAGUACAAUUAGUAGCAAUAAUAAGAGUGGCGGCAAUAUGGUGACGAAUGCGAACAACAACAGCAAUGCGUUGAAUAUCAAUAGAGGCCCAGUUAAAAAUUUUAAUACACCCCUAAACAUCGACACCCAGAUUCCAGAUUCCAAUAAUAGUUUAUCUUUGAUAACGGCAACGGUAAAGACCGAAAUGAAAUCAGAGGAAUCCGACAAUAAGAGUCAAUACGAGGAAAAUGUUGUUCAACCAUUAACACCUCUCGAAAGUUAUAGCACAAAUGAAGACAAACUUGCCGAGAUCAACGAGAUAGAAACUACAAAAGCAAUACCUUUAGAAGAAGACGUGGAAGAUGCAAUAAACAAGCUGCAACAAGUUAAUACUUCAUCUCUUACCACACCAGGGCAUUUAUUGAAUGCUACCACAAUUGAAGAGUAUGACUUGACAACCCCAACACCUCCCCUAAUAAAUCCGAAUCCUAUGAACGGUAGCAGCAGCUCACAACAACAAUCGUUGGUCGGUAGAAGAGCACGCAUUGGCAAAUCGAUGGCUUGGGAAAUGGUGUAUGCGGGUGCAGUCAAUGCGAAUGCAGUAUCACCAGCACUGCAACCAACAUAUCCAACAUCACACCAAUCCGCAAUGAAUACAUCACCAAAUACUACCUCCGCAUCCAAUCACAAUUUAUGUCUUAAGCGAACAUCACAAUUUAUUUCGAAUAACUCCCCAACGCAUAACAACUAUUCAACUCAAAUGGGAAACGAGACGUCAUCUAAAAAUAUGAAUAACAGCCCCAGUAGAAUGCUGUCUAAGGGAGACGCAGCAGUGAUCGCUGCUCCAUUAAUAUUAAAAGCCGAAAUAAAAUCGGAGAAAAUUAAACUCGAAGAUGAGCUUCUAGACAAGGUGUUGCAACAGCAAACAACUACAAUGCCACAACAACAUUUGUCGCCUUCACCUCAAAUACAUAUCAAUCAGGAAAAAAGCGAACUUAAAAUAAUUAAAGCUGAACCUAUAACACUUAACGAAAUCUUGCACGAAAGCAAAGUUAAAUUAGAAGCCGAUUCGGGCUUGGAAAAGUUUCCGUCAGCGGAGAAAGACUCCUCAGAUAUUGAUAGUGCUAAAAAUAGUUCAAGCAACAAACCCGUAGGACGUAUGCGUUUACUACCAUCCUGGCAGCAACCAACAAUUUCGAAUCUGCCAAUUAUCAAUUGCGACAUAGAUCUCUCUCAUACCUCAGAUGAUGAAAUUUUAGAUUUGUGUCACAGCCCAGUAGUGCCAAGCACGGUAUCGAUUUGUAAUGGUAAACGCAUAAAGAUUCUAGAAUAUAGCAAAAAUCAGUGCAAGAAAUCGCCUCCAAAUAGUUAUAAAAGUUUAAUUAAGCAGACCGUGCCCAAAACGUAUCUCUGUCUCAGUCGUAAGGUCGAUAAGAAAUCACGUUACGGUAAACUACAAAACAAAUCCGCAAAGACGAGUUCCUGUAAUAGCACAAUACGACGAAGAGAAUUGAUCCUAACCGAUCAACAGAAAAAAAGACUAAGAGUGAGAAAAAAGAAAUUGGCUGCACUGGAGAGACAGAAACGGGAAGCCCGUGAAAUGAAGAGAGCAGAAUGCAAGCAAAAACGCAAAGAACCUAAACUCGAUUCGAAUAAAUGCGAUAGUCGAACUGAUGAGCAAAUUAAAAUUGAACAAGAGACUAUUAUUGUUGAUUUGGUAGCCGACGAGGAGGAAAUUGAACGAAAGGCUAACAAUUAUAGCGAGAGAAUUCUUAUUUUGCCCACCCAAGAAUUAGUACGUCAGCCUGUAUUAGAAAAAACGAACAACAUGCUCGAUAAUGUACCAAUCAAGGCAUCACCUAAACGGGGAAAACCGACAAAGAAGACGGUCGUGCCCUUACAUUUAAUCGAAACUAUUGACGCAGUAGCAAGAGGAUACUUUUCAGAACCUGAAACUAGAUGCUCAUUAACGAUAUCUUCGCCUAUCCAUGCAAAUUUCUUGCAAAAUCAUGAAAAAUCUGAUCCGACUACCGCCACAACCACGAAAAAGUUAAAAAGUAGUAAAACGAGCACAGAAAAACGCUCAAAGUCCGAAACAAAAAAGCCAAUAAAAUCGAUUCUUAAAUCAACUUCGGAUAUCAAAUCGUCAGACGCUUUAAUAAAGCCGGUCUUAGAGAUUCAAGCGCCCAAAAAUAAAACAAUUCAAAUGUUGAUUACCUCAAAGCAAUUGGAAGCCGGUCACGUAUUAGAGAACGAAAAUAAUAAUAAUGCUGCGGCGCAGCAGUCUUCCGAAGCAGCUUUAAUUGGUUCAAAGAUAAGCAAAAACUCAAAAUCUAAAGUGACUAAAUGUAAGAAAGAGCCCAAAUCGAAAAGACAGUCGGAGCCAAAUUGCAAAAAAUCAAAACCAUCGAAAGAUGCAAAGAGUACCAAAGUGAAUAUGGAGACCACAUUAACUUCCAAUCAAUUGGAGAACGAGAAAGAGAGAAAUGAAUGUGUUGCAGUCAAUUUGGAACAGAGGCCGACAGACGAAACAAAUAAUAAUGAGUAUAAUAAGACGGUCGUACUACAUACAGAAGUGCCUGUUAAGAUCGCAAACUCAUUAGAAUUGUUGGAUACUGAAAAUUCCAAUGAUGACCACCAGAGCUCAAUUUCGGAUAUAUUUCUGCGUGAAACAGAUCAAGCAAUCAAAUUAUCACAGCAACAUUCCCUCAAUACGUUGACUCCUGUAUUUUUGCAACCCCCAUUGCCUCCGCUACCGCGCGUAGUAUGCCAUUCGCAUCAUCAUCAACAACAUACAGGCAAACGAAAUAGAUCACGUUCCAAAUUUGGCAGUCGCAAGCGACAAAAAUUGAAACAUUCCACAGUGUCUUUUGAAUUGGAUGAAACACUGCCACCAGCCCCACGUAGCGAUGUGGUACCAAAAUGGAAUAACGGUUGGACUUGGGAAGGCGAACCGUUCCAGGGUGCUGUUUUUCUCAAUAGCGAUGAUCCUCUGGUCAUACGAACCUGUUAUCCUGCGAUGCGACAUUCGGAAGGCGACAUUAUACGUACAAGAGAUUGCGUGCUCCUAAAAGCCAACGAGGAUAAUGAAUUGCCAUAUGUGGCUAAAGUGGCACAUUUAUGGGAAAAUCCGGAAGAUGGUGAAAUGAUGAUGUCUUUGCUAUGGUAUUAUCGUCCAGAACACACUGAACAAGGUCGUCAGCCUAACGAUAGUCCCGACGAAGUUUACGCAUCUCGUCACCGUGAUCACAACUCGGUUGCCUGCAUCGAAGAUAAAUGCUACGUGCUAACAUUCAGUGAAUACUGCAGAUAUCGUAGGCGAUUACGUGCCGCCGAAGAAGACAUCGAAGAUGUCAACAUUGUACCGAAACGCUCCAACUAUUAUAGUAUGCGAACGGUGCCCGAUAAUACCAAUCCAGAAUUAGUUAUGUUCUGUCGAAGAGCAUAUGAGUUUCGCACCAAACGUCUUCUAAAAAUGCCAAACAAGCAAGAUUAUUAUGUAGUAACGGCGUGAAAUUUCCACUUAAAACUCUGCUGUAAACGUAAAACUCAAAAUACUAAAGUAAAUCACUAGAGAAUAGUAACAUAAACAAAUAAAAAACAAUAUGUAAUAGAAAAUCUAAAAAGGAAUAUAAACAAUUGCGGUCACACAUAGUAAGAGAAACACAUAAAUAUGUAUAUAUAUAUAUAUAUAUAUUUAUAUAUA